AUGUUGUGUGGGACAUCUCAGCUACCUACAGUAGCCAGCAUGUCUUUGGUCCUGCUUUCCACCCUCUGGCUCAUCGUUCAAGCUCAAGCAAUAGCCAUAAAGCCGACUCCUGAACUAGAGCCCUAUGAAGUAGUUCGUCCUAAAAAACUACACAUUUUACACAAAAGAGAAAUACAGAACAACCAGACAGAGAAGCAUGGCAAAGAGGAAAGAUAUGAACCUGAACUUCAGUAUCAGAUGAUAUUAAAUGGAGAAGAAGUCAUUCUUUGCCUACAAAAAGCCAAGCAUCUCCUGGGGCCAGACUACACUGAAACAUAUUACUCACCCAGAGGAGAGAAAAUCACAACAAGCCCUCAGAACAUGGAACACUGCUACUAUAAAGGACACGUCCUAAAUGAAAAGGAUUCUGUUGCCAGUAUUUGUACUUGUGAUGGGUUGAGGGGAUACUUCACACAUCACAAUCAGAGAUACAUGAUAAAGCCUCUGAAAAUCACAGACCAAGAAGAACAUGCUGUCCUCAUACACAACCAGGAGGAGCUAGACCCAGCUAAUCACACCUGUGGUGUAAGAAAUGUUGGCAGGAAACAGGGCCUUAUUCGAACCUCAAGGUCACUCAAAAGGCCAGAGAAAGACUUUCUUCAGGCUGAGAAAUACAUCGAUCUCUUUUUGGUGCUGGAUAAUGCCUUUUAUAACAUGUAUAAUAGGAAUAUAACUUUGAUAAGAAGCUUUGUGUUUGAUGUGAUAAACCUACUCAAUGUGAUUUAUAAUACCAUAGACAUUCAAGUGGUCUUGAUAGGUAUGGAAAUCUGGUCUGAUGGUGAUAAGAUAAAGGUGGUACCCAACACAGGUGUCACCUUUAAUAACUUUCUGAAUUGGCAUCGUUCUAACCUGGGGAAGAUGAAGAUCCAUGACCACGCUCAGCUACUCAGUGGAGUUGGCUUCAGAAAUCGAAUUACAGGACUGGCAGCCUCGAAUUCCUUGUGCUCCCCAUCAUCUGUUGCCGUUAUUGAGGGUAAGAGAAAGAAUAGUGUCUCUCUUGUAGGAGUGAUGGCACAUGAGUUGGGUCAUGUCCUUGGUAUGCCUGAUGUUCCAUAUAACACCAACUGUCCCUCUGGGAGUUGUGUGAUGAAUGAAUAUCUGAGUUCAAAAUUCCCAAAGGAUUUCAGUACAGUCAGUCGCUCACAUUUUAAAAAAUAUAUUUUAUCUCAAAAACCAAGAUGCUUGCUGCAAACAUUGGUUCCUAAAAAUAUGAUGAUAAAACCAGUGUGUGGGAACCAACUUCUGGAAGUAGGAGAAGUCUGUGAUUGUGGCUCUCCUGAGGAAUGUGCCAAUCCUUGCUGUGAGGCCAUGACCUGUAUGUUAAAACCUGAAGCUGACUGUGGAAAAAACAGUAAACCAUAA